UGCAGCUUUUAUGAAGUAUAUUAUAGUAAACGUCUUUUGCGACAUUUCUAAUAGAGAACAUUAUUGAAGUUGUCAAAGCAUAAAUCAAAAUUAGUAUAUUUAUUAUGUGUCAUUUGGUGUAAGAAGUUCAGGUGGUCCACUAAAGGAAGUGGUCUUUAUUAAGCAGAUCUACCCUAUUUUUUCGCAUGAUAAAUAAAAUCUUCGACAAAUUUGUUUCGUCAAUUUCAACAUUCAACAACGUUUCUCAUUAUUUAAGCGGCGUUACGACUGUGAAUGAUUGCAAUAAUCUAGCAGAUCACAGUAUGCCUUGGAAAAGACGCGUCGUUAAGUUUAUUAAUAAUGUCCUAAAAUAGUUUUUAUUCUCAGGUUUUUAUCAGUUCCAAAAACGAAACGAAAAAUUAGUUCUUUUGAUUUGCUAAGGACGAACUGAUCCUCGGAUACUUCACUGUCGGAUAUGCUUUUACGAACGCAGCGAUCGUUGGUGCUUGCCAGCCAGCGUUCUUUGCUCACCAUAAACAACACCAAUUCUGGACUGUUGUUGCCUGUGUGUUUUAUUCCAUAUCAGCUUUGGUUACAGAUGUUCAACAAGUCACUAACAUCCGAGGCACCACCCAAACAACUUCCCAGCGUGGAUAAAGCUUGCGUUCCAGAAACGCAAUCAAGCGCUACACUUCCUCCAAAGCCAAUUCGAGAGUGCCGUCCGCCAUUGGGUGCAACGACUGGACAAGAAAACCCGACGGGGUAUUUUCAUGAAAUUGGAUCCAAGCUGAAGGGUUGGUACGACUCACUGACCUCGCGGAACUGGAAUGCGACAUGUUCUUCACAAUUGCCGAACAAAGCUAAUAUGGUGCUAUCCGGAAGCGUUGCUUUUUUACGCCGAGGAGCAAUCGUAACCUGGAACGUCACCAUCAGCACGGUACGAAAUACCGUUUAUUGGAUUGGUGUUUUCCUGAACUCACGCGAGUACUUCUACCUCCGGUACUACACGUUACUUUUUUUGGAAAAUGCAGUUCACUAUUCGCGACGUGGACUGUCAGCACUGAUUCGAAGCGUGAGGGACUUGAAAGGCAAGAAGUAAAAAUUCAGUUUGAUUCACUUUCGUGGGGUUCAAUUUGAAUAUUCCAAUAAUAAAUCAGAAGU